GGCAUGAGGGUCAUUGACCUCAAAAAGAAAAAGAGAAAACUGGCCGGUCCGGCGACCAGUCAGCUCGAGACUGUUCCCGCAGGUGGCCGGAUCCGGUCCGCAGGGUGGGUCAGCUGUCGGAGCACGCACAGUGGCACCACCGUAAAUUACUGCAGAAAGCCCUCCCUUCUUACUUCUGUAAGGGUAAAAUGGACAUUUUAAGUUAUUGACAGCCACACGUGGGACCCCGCCAUUGAGUAGAAGUUUCAGGCACACGCAUAGACAAUGAAGUUGCAGUCCCACGCUCCUGAUAUUGGAGGAGGGAGAAGGGCGCUUUUGCUUUUGCUUUUUAAAAGCAAAAACGUUCUUUUGUAUUCUCUCCCAGCUCUCUCUCUCAAGGUCGUCGUUCAACUUGUCCGUGGAUGAUCAAGCUGCCGCUGCAUCUGAUCCGGGAAUCUCUGCCCUGAAAUCCGAUAUACAUUUGGCAACAUUUUCAUGAUCAAUUAGUUCGUUUGAAAUAAUGACGAGGGUAAGCCGUGAUUUUGGAGGUACCAUGCAAAAGGAGGUGGUGCCUGCAGUCUCAACUGAUGUGAUCUUUGCUUCCAGUCGCUUUCCGAAUUACAAAAUUGGAGCCAAUAACCAGAUUGUGGAGGUGAAGGAGGACCCAAAGUUGUUAUCCAUGAAAGAAGUUGUUGCAAGAGAGACUGCCCAGCUUCUAGAGCAACAGAAACGCCUUUCAGUUCGUGACCUUGCCAACAAAUUUGAGAAGGGGUUGGCAGCAGCUGCUAAAUUAUCUGAUGAGGCCAGACUAAGGGAGGCAGCUUCACUUGAAAAGCAUGUUCUUUUGAAGAAGCUUAGAGAUGCACUAGAAUCCUUGAAAGGCCGUGUGGCAGGUAGAAACAAGGAUGAUGUGGAGGAGGCCAUUGCUAUGGUGGAAGCUUUGGCUGUUCAGUUAACUCAAAGGGAAGGUGAACUGCUUCAAGAGAAGGCGGAAGUGAAAAAGCUAGCAAAUUUUCUUAAACAGGCAUCAGAAGAUGCUAAGAAACUUGUUGAUGAAGAGAGGGCUUUUGCUCGUGCGGAAAUUGAGAAUGCGAGAGCAGCAGUUCAGAGAGUGGAAGAGGCCCUUCAGGAAGAAGAACGGAUGUCCCGGGCUUCAGGGAAGCAGGACAUCGAAGAAUUAAUGAAGGAGGUUCAGGAGGCUAGGCGGAUAAAAAUGCUGCAUCAGCCAAGCAAGGUUAUGGACAUGGAACAUGAGCUUCAUGCAUUAAGAGUUCAUUUUGCACAGAAGUCUAAGCAUUCUCUUCAGCUUCAGAAAGAGCUGGCAAUUAGCAAGAGGGGGGAGGAAAACAUGACCCAUUUAUAUGAAUUAGAUGGUUGUGAAGCAUUAGGAUCAUGUUUGCGGAUUCAACCCUGCUCUGAUAAAGCUCCAGAACUCCUUAAAUGUUCCAUUCAAUGGUACCGUGUAUCAUCUGAAGGUGGCAGAAAGGAACUUAUUUCAGGGGCCACCAAAUUAGUUUAUGCUCCAGAGCCUUUUGAUGUUGGGCGAAUCUUGGAAGCGGAUAUUAUUUUAGAUGGCCAAAAAAUUACUGUGAGAACCACUGGGCCAAUCGAUCCAGCUGCGGGUUUGGGAAGCUAUGUGGAGGCUCUUGUGCGGAAACAUGACACUGAAUUCAAUGUGGUUAUUACCCAGAUGAAUGGUACAGAUCAUCCAUCAGAGUCUAUUCAUGUACUUCAUGUGGGAAAGAUGAGGAUAAAGCUUUGCAAAGCAAAGGCAACAAUUGCGAAAGAGUACUAUUCUACUUCUAUGCAGUUAUGUGGAGUCAGAGGUGGCGGUAAUGCUGCUGUGCAGGCACUGUUUUGGCAAGCGAAGAAAGAGCUUUCCUUUGCCUUAGCAUUUGAAUCAGAGAGAGAGAGAAAUGCAGCCAUUAUGCUGGCUAGGAGGUUUGCUUUCGACUGCAAUGUAAGUAAUUCUCAAACAUGUUUAUUGGGUGUGCAUGUGGAUACACACACUGACACUCAUAUCUAUGUGACUGAUUUUGAGAGCUGUUAUAAUUCAUUACCAGCUUGCUUUAAUUCUUUUUCUUUCCCCCAUUCAAUUUUAUUCUUCAUUGCAAGAAUUAUUACCUGACAUAGCUUUAAAUGCUAGAUUGUGCUUGCUGGGCCAGAUGACAAAGCUCCUCUAGGAAUUUGACUGACCUGCACGGUAUACUUCAUUAAAUGUAAUUAUAUUUAGUUCUCUUAUAUAGUAUUUUUCUAGGCUUGUGAAGUAGAAUGUAGAAUUAUAUGACUGUAAUAUCGGUUUUUUUCUUUUGAUUUUUUGUUUCUUUCAAAUUCCUUCUUCCUAACACCAAGGCAUCCUUUUAUUUGCCUGUCUGGUUGUAACAAAUUUUCUUUCAUAUAUUUUUGAAUUUAAGCUGUUUGUCAA